AUGAAUCAGGAUAAUUUCAAUUCAUCGUACGAUUUUAAUUUCAACAAUAAUCAUAAUUCUCACGUGAUUGUCACAUCUCAACCCAUGGCUAAAUAUAAUUGUACUUGUUUUCAUAGACGUAUUAUAUUGAGUUCAAUAUUACAAAUCGUUAAAAAUAUUUUUCUCUUCAUUUUAGAUCAUAAUUGCAAGUAUUCUAAGACAGAUCAACCAUACUCUACAUUUAAUAAACAUUCUUCUUUCAAAGCGAAACAAAUAUCUUGUAAUCAUGUUUCAUAUCGAGUUACAGUACGAAGAAUUACUGCACCGCAUAUUGCUGCAGCUGCAAUUGCUGCUUAUCGAAAGAAUCAAAAUACGAAGUGUAAUAGAAAUCAUUUUGAACAAUUUAAUCCAAUCGCAACAACAAAUCAUAAUAAAUUUAUUCCAUCAAUACCGUUUAAAAAAAUAAUAAGAAAAAAUGACGGUCUGAAAACGAGUAGUACUAGCAUCAUUAUCACAGCUAAUAAUCAAGUAAUACUUUUAUAG